AUGGUGUCGCGUAAAAAUAAUAGCAGUAAUAACAACGAUACCUCCAAUGCCUUUAGCUAUGUCCGCGAUUUCAGUGCCCAGGCGAGUCAUUAUCGCAAUAACAAAUCGGAGGAAUCUUUAGUGCUACUUAAUCGUACUGCCUCUCUACUAAGCACAGCCAUACAUCCACAUCAUUUUGCUCCCGGUAAUUUGGAAAUUUCAAAGUUUUUCAUCGACUUGCAUGCCGUCAUGGGAACCUUGUCCAUUGAUGCUGAUGCUCUAUGGACGUGUGUGGGUAUUUUGCAACAUUGCUGCAAAAAUUUAGAGGCCCGCAAAGCCAUAGUGGAUGAAUAUCGCUAUAUACCUUUGUUAACAUUUAUUCUAAAGCGUUCACAAGCUGGAGAUAAACGUCAACGUUUACUCACCCUUUUGCAGGAAUUAACUUUUGGCAUAAAAAUCACCUGGGAAGAACCUUAUAUAAUAGUACUAUUGGAACAGUUGGUGCAAAUUGUCUAUCAAGCUGCCGAGGAGGGAGAAGAAAUGCAUGCUCAACUAUCCUUGUCUAUAUUGAUAAAUCUUUGUUAUAAGAAUUUUGUGGUUUUAUUUCUAUUUUUGCGCUCCGUUAACAUUUCCAGUUUUAGUCGCCGUAUACAAAACUAUGGCAUGUUGGCGAAUAAGAUGUUAAUUAUACUCUCCGAGGAUAUACAUUCCCCGGAUCAGAAAGAGUUGCAUUUAUUUUUACGCUCUAGUUUUGCUGCUGUCGAUGAUUGUAUUAAACAUUGGAAUGUUCCGCAUUUGAGACAUAUUGUGGAGUUUUUGAGGGAUUCUCGUGCCCACAGUGGUCUACAUCAGGCUAUGUUGUGUUAUGAGCACUAUUGUGAAGAUAUUGAAAAACUAUUGGAUCAUAUAGAGGCCCGCAAUUCCAUGGACGAUUCUAAUGAGGAAUCUCGCAAGCAACAACAAAUUUGCAUGGGUCUACUCUUUCAAUUAAUUGAAUACAUAAUGGAACUAUCAGCUCAACCCGAUAUGGAAGGCAAUGAAAAUGUGGCCAUAAGUUUGGAUUCAAAUAUACCACGAAUAUUUGAGCUUUUAAGUAAUUGGCUAGAAUCUGAUAUAUGUGGCGUGGAAGCGGUUAAUCUAUUAGAUAGUUUAGUAAGACUAGCUAAAAAAGAGACCAUAGCACCUCGAAUUGCUAGAGAUCCCUCCAUAAUAAUACAACUUAUAACGGCCACCGAGAAAUCAGAUACGUCAGCUCUGCAUACAGCGGCAGUUUUACAACUUUUAGUAUCACUGUUGCAUCAAACUAAAACCGAGAAAUUAAUAUUAUCCAAAAUAACCGAAUCAUAUUUUGAUAAAAUUUUAUCACCUUUGCUGAAUAUAAAGUCCGAAAUGCCCGAUAAUUGUUUGAGUAUGGAGGAGAUAGAAAAAUUCAUAUUUUGUUUAUUGCUACUUAUCAAUUUUACUGAAAUAGCUAAAAAAGCCUAUUUUGAAAAAUGUUGUACUCUAUUGCAAUUGUCACAAAUACAACAGGCUCUGGCCAGAGCUAUGAUAAGUGGCAGUGAGAAAUUAUGUUCAGCUGUAUUUCAAAUAUCACAAUUUGAGCAUUUUCCACAAACAGAAGUGGCCAAACUUAUUUCCAAAUUAAAUGCCUCAACAAAUCAAUUGAUUCCUGCUGCUCCUACCGGAGAUCAAUGGCGCAAUUUAAAUGCCAUUCUCAAGAGUCAUAAAACAUUUGUUAGCAAGGAACUGGAGGAACGUUUACAGGCUCUCAUUGAUGUCAUAACCCAAGCUCAAAACAAUAAUCAGCUGCAUAAUGUGGCCACUUCACAAAUUAUAGAACUUUUUAAUUAUAAAAUUGAAAAAUUUAGUUCUGCUGAAAACUCCAUGCAAAAAAGACUCGAAGAAGCUAGUAAAGAGAUAACACAUUUAACGCAACGUAUUAAUUUACAAAAUGCCGAAUUGGACAAAUAUCACACCAUGAACUUUGAACUGCAUAUUAAUCAGGAAUCUUUGCAGACUCAGUGCAAAGACUUAAAACAUCAAAAAGAUAAUUUGAAACGUAAUAUGACUGAUUUAAUGAAAAAACUUUCGGAACAGUCGGAAACUUUGAAAAUUAAUGAGAAACGUUUGGCGGUUAAGGUAUCCGAAAUGAUUGUUUUACAAAAAGACUAUAAUGACCUUAAAGAAGAACUGCAUGCUAAAACAGAGGAGUUAGAGAAACUUCAUACGGCUGCUAAGGAAAAUAGUUCCCGAAUCGAUAAACUGAAAAAGACUAUAGCUGCCUUUGAAGUGGACAUCAAAGAAAAAGUGCGACACAUUGAAGAGAAAGAACGUGAUUUGGCUAAAACGCAGAAGGCACUGGAAGAACAAAAGGAAGCUAAAAAGAAAUCCGAUGGUGUAAUAACAGUACUCGAAUCCCAGCUGCAAGAGAAGAAUGAACAAAUACGCAACUAUGAAUUGGAAUUAAGUGAAACCGAAGAAUUGCGUAAAACUAUUAUGAGUUUAAUGGAAAGUAAAAAACCGAAGCGCAAAUAAAUUAAAAAAGAAAACCAAUAAAAAUAGUUUAAG